AUGUGGGUGGAAUUGGAUCUGAGUCAAAACAAGCUGCAGGACUCAGGAGUGAAGGAGCUGUGUGGUUUUCUACAGAGUCCAACCUGUCGACUGGAGACUCUGAGGUUGUGGAGCUGCAGUCUGUCAGAGAUCAGCUGUUCUUCUCUGGCUUCAGCUCUGAGGUCAAACCCCUCUCAUCUGAGAGAACUGAGUCUGAGAGGACACGACCUGCAGGACUCAGCAGUGAAGGAGCUGCUUGAUCUGGAGCAGAGUCCAAACUGUUGACUGGAGACUC